UUUCACAAGUCACUUUUGCCACAGAGGAGUGUGGUUGUAGCUAGGAUGCUAUAAGGACUCUGGUUGUACUGGCCUCUUUAAGAAAGACAGAAUGAAUAAAACCUACUGUCCUCGUGUCAACAAGUUCUAUGAAACCAGCUUACUGCCUGGUAUUUACAUCUUUGUAUUCUUUCUUGCUCUGGCCACUAAUAGAUGGGGAUUGAAGUCCUUGCUGCAGAAAUGGAAGAAACUGGGAAACAUUAACGUGUUUGUUCUCAACCUUGGACUUGGAAAUCUUUUGUUCCUGCCCGCACUCCCAUUUUUGGCAGUGUACUACUUGAAACAGAAAAAAUGGAUCUUUGGAGAUGCAUUCUGUGGGAUAACAAGGCUCAGCUUCAACCUGAAUUUGUACGGCAGCAUUGGGUUCCUCACCUGUAUAAGUGUGUACAGGUACCUGGCUAUUGUCCAUCCAAUGAGAGUGAUGGGAAAAUUAACUGUCACCCACUCUGUGGCUAUUUCAGUCAUGGUUUGGCUGUUGGUGAGCGUUCAGAGUCUUCCAGACAUGUUCUGUGCCAAAACAUCAUACAAAAACAACACCGGAAAGUGCUAUCAUACCACCUCUGAAAAGUACGUCAAGGAUUACCUGAGAUACAGUCUUGGAUGGACAUUCACUGGAUUUUUUAUCCCACUUCUCAUCACUCUGGGCUGCUAUGGACAUGUGAUUGCUGUUCUCUGUCGUACAAAUACCAUUGACAAGGUACUGAAACAAAGAUGCUUGAAGUUGUUGUUCAUCUUGAUUCUUCUCUUCUCUGUGUGUUACAUCCCCUAUCAUGUACUCAAAAACCUCACCCUCUAUUCAAGAGUUUUGUCAAACAGGAGUAUUCGUAUAUGUCCUGUGUGGGAUAAAGGAGCCUUUGCUGCUCAUCAGAUAACUCGUGGAAUUGUGUGUCUCAACAGUGCUCUGAACCCUCUGGUUUACCUCCAUGUAGAUGAAGAUAUUCUUGCUCAGCUCAGACAGUUGCUCCAGCGAGCUCCUCAGAUGUUUAAUUGUCGGUGUGUGCCUGUGUCUGGCAGAGUGCCUGUAGCACAAAGUGAAGAUGAAGUUUGAAAUUGAUUGCUCUAUUGCUUGUACAAGUUUCUCAAUCACAACUAGCAAUGUAAUUUUCCGGCAGAUUGUCUUUCAUUCUAGUACCAUUGCAUUCUUUCCCUUGAUGAUACAUUUGGUGUAAGAGGUCACGUUUGUGUUCUCUGCUUUUUAGGGUGAUGUUGCAACAUGCUGAAAAUGUUCCAAAUAAAGGAGAACUUCAGAUAAACCA